AUGAAGGCCCUUCUUCUCUUCACUCUUCUAUUCCUUUUCAAUCUCGCAUUUGCAACAAAGAAGGAUUAUAUUGUUUACUUGGGAGGACACUCUUAUACGGCUGACCCUACUUCAGAUGAUUUUGAGAGGACAACUCUAUCGCAUUACGAUUUAAUUGGAUCGAUAUUAGGAAGUAAUGAAGCGGCCCGAUCUUCUAUUUUCUACUCGUACACAAAAACCAUCAAUGGCUUUGUUGCGAGGCUCGAAGACGAAGAAGCCUCAAAGAUCUCGAGGCAUCCACGAGUUUUCUCGGUGUUCAAAAACAAAGAGAGGAAAUUACACACGACGAGGUCUUGGGAUUUCAUGGGCGGUGAAUUGAACAAGGCGAGCGAAGCCCAUUCCAUGUCUAUAUGGGCCAAGGCCCAUUAUGGGGAAGGCGUCAUUAUUGCCAAUCUAGACACAGGAGCGUGGCCCGAGUCAAAGAGCUUCAGUGACGAAGGAUUGGGUCCGAUUCCAGAGAAAUGGAAAGGGAUUUGCCAAAACAAUUCCAACUCUACUACUUUGAGGCCUUUCAACUGUAACAGGAAGUUGAUUGGCGCGCGAUCUUACAAUUUGGGCGACCAACACUUGCCGAACGGCGAUCCCUCCCCUCGGGACAUCGACGGCCACGGCACCCACACCCUCUCCACCGCCGGCGGCGCCUUCGUCCGCGGAGCCAGCACCUUCGGCCAAGGACGCGGGACCGCCCGCGGCGGCGCCCCCCGCGCCCGCCUCGCGGCGUACAAGAUCUGCUGGAUUGGCUGCUCCGACGCCAACAUCCUCGCCGCCUUCGACGACGCCAUCCACGACGGCGUCCAAGUCAUCUCCAUCUCCGUCGGCAGCCCCGCCUCCGAGUACGCCACCGACUCCCUAGCCAUCGGCGCGCUCCAUGCGGCUCAACGCGGCGUCAUCGUCGUCGCCUCCGCCGGCAACGACGGCCCCCUCCCGGGCACUGUCGAGAACGUCGCGCCGUGGAUCUUGACCGUCGGAGCCAGCACCAUCGACCGCGACUUCGCCUCCUACCUCACGCUCGGCAACAACAAGCGAAUCAGGGGAGAGAGCCUCUCACAGAAAUCUUUGCCGGCGACGACGUUGUACCCGCUGAUCGACGGCGCCGCUGCAAAGCUGCACAAUGCGUCACAGGAAGAAGCGGGAAUGUGCCAGCCAGAAACGCUCGACAGUAGCAAAGUCCGAGGAAAAAUCGUGCUCUGCACACGCGACAGCUUGUACCCGCGUGUGACCAAGGGGUUGGUCGUCGAGAAAGCCGGUGGGGUUGGCAUGGUCCUCGCCAACCCCGCCGACGCCGGCAGCAGCACCAUCGCCGACGCCCACUUCCUCCCCGCCACCAUGCUCUCCUACAACCACUCGCGCGUCGUCCUUGCUUACAUGAAAUCCACCGAGUCGCCUAGGGCUUCCAUCUCCCCUGUUUCCACCCAAUUAGGGGUGAAGCCAUCCCCUGUGAUGGCGGGCUUCUCGUCGCAGGGGCCGAACCUCAUCAAUCUGGAGAUCCUCAAGCCCGACAUCACGGCGCCCGGCGUCAACAUCCUCGCAGCCUUCACCGACGCCAUCGGCCCUUCCGGCAUGUCGACGGACAAACGCCGUGUAGCGUUCAAUGUGAUGUCCGGCACUUCCAUGUCCUGCCCACACAUCGCCGGCGUCGCCGCCUUACUAAGAAAGCUCCAUCCAGAUUGGAGCCCCGCCGCCAUCAAAUCCGCCAUCAUGACCACCGCGAGGACUCGCGACAACAAGAGAACGCCGAUGAAGGACCUCAACUUCGUCAAGGCGACGCCUUUUCAUUACGGCGCCGGCCACGUCCGGCCAAACCGCGCCAUGGACCCGGGGCUGGUCUACGACCUCACCUUCGCCGACUACGUGGACUUUAUCUGCACCCGGGGCUACGGCCCCAACGCCACCGCGGCGCUCGUCGGCCGGGGAUACCGGUGCCCUAAGAAGCCAAUCAGAGUGGAGAACCUGAACUACCCCUCGAUCGCGGUGCCACAGCUGGCCAAAUCCUUCACCGUCACGCGCAGGUUGAAGAACGUCGGGGCAGUUCCGGCGAAGUACAGGGUGACGGCGAAGGCGCCGUUCGGGAUCCAGGUGGCGGUGGAGCCGACCGUGCUGCGGUUCGAGAGGAUCGGGGAGGAAAAGAAGUUUCAUGUUCUGCUGACAUCGAGCAACGAGAGCGUGGGAGUAGGGUUUCUGUUUGGCGGGUUGACGUGGAGCGACGGGAAGCAUUACGUCAGAAGUCCCAUUGUGGUCAACGUCGUCUCGUGAUCUUUGACUUUUCUAUUGGGAUAUUUUUUCCCCUCCUUUUCUUAAUCUUAGGCCGAAACUAGUUUCAAUAAAAGUAGUUUUCUAUUUUUA